UGUGGUAACACUGUGGGGACGGACAGCUCACCAAAAAAGUCUUGCUGCCGUGGUUUAACAAAAUUUUCUUUUUAUAUAUUUUCGUUUCAAUUUUAUGCUUAUUAUUUCUCAAUCCGAGUGCAAGGUGCACGCAAUCGUGACGGCAAAAAAGGUGUAUAAUUUCCAUGUGACUCUUUAAUCGGAGAAAAGUUACAAAUACAACAAUAAACUGGUUGUAUGCGCUUCCUGCCUGCGAUUUGGCAAGCUUGUGUGAAAAAUUCCAAAGCAGCAAAAGUGAAUUUAACAUUAAAUUGCAACAAAAGCAGCCAAAAUGGUUGAUAAAUUUAUCAGCAUGUGGAAGGUGCGCGAAUUGGCGGACAAAGUCACCAAUGUCGUCAUGAACUACACAGAAAUCGAGGGUAAGGUGCGCGAGGCAACCAAUGACGAUCCCUGGGGUCCAACGGGACCCCUAAUGCAAGAACUGGCGCAUGCAACCUUUUCGUAUGAAACGUUUCCCGAGGUCAUGUCGAUGCUGUGGAAACGCAUGCUGCAGGACAAUAAAACCAAUUGGCGACGCACUUACAAGAGCCUAUUGCUAUUAAAUUAUCUGGUGCGCAAUGGUUCUGAGCGUGUAGUGACGUCAUCGCGUGAGCAUAUUUACGAUUUGCGCUCGCUGGAGAAUUACACUUUCACCGAUGAGGGAGGCAAGGAUCAGGGCGUUAAUGUUAGACAUAAGGUACGAGAGCUUAUAGACUUUAUACAGGACGAUGAUCGUUUGCGUGAGGAGCGAAAAAAGGCCAAAAAGAAUAAAGACAAGUACAUUGGCAUGAGUAGUGAUGCCACGGGUAUGCGAAGCGGUGGCUUUGGUGGAUACAGCGGCUACAGUGGUGGUGGAGGCGGGGGCAGUGGUUAUAAUGAUGCCGAUUGGCGUGCUAAUCGUGGCGAUAAUUGGUAUUCGGAUAAGAGCGCUGCCGAUCGCUAUGAAGACGAGGAUACUCACUACGAUGGCGAACGUGAGGGAAGCGAUAGUGAUUCACCUAGUCCCAGACGCAACUAUCGCUAUAAUGAUCGUGCCAGUCCUGCGGAAGUAGCGAGUGAAACGAAAACCCAUAACCUCAAUAUGAACAUACGCUCCAAGGCAGUCACCUCGCCGGUCUCCAAACAACCAACUGCUGGAGGUACUGGCAAGCAAUCGCAACAGCAAUCUUCAGCGGGUUCAAAGAAAAUAGAUUUGGGCGCUGCGGCCAAUUUUGGAAAGAUACCCGUCAGUGCCGCUGGCAUUCAUUCACCCACGCAUCGAGAUUCGCCCACUAGUGCUGAUCUAAUGGGCGGCAGCUCUCCAAACAACAAUAGCAACAAUAACAACAGCAGCAACAAAAGCAAUAACAAUGAUCUGUUGGAUGAUUUAUUCAAAACCUGUUCACCAACACAUGGAGAGCAGACGUUGAACAGUGCUGCUGUCAUUGUGGACGAUGAAGAUUUUAAUCCAAGGGCGGAUACUGCGCCUGCUCAGGAAUUUGGUGAUUUUGCAACGGCUUUUGGGAGUGGAGCGACAUCUGCCAGCGAAGCUCCCUCGACUGGCAUUCUAUCAUCCCCAAGCAACGAUGAAUUUGCGGAUUUUUCUGCAUUUCAAGGCUCAACAACGCUGUCGACAGUCGCUGGCGGUUCUGGGCUGGACGGCCAACUAUUGGCCACAGCUACGCCAGCAAAUGAUGCUUUUGAUUUGUUCAGUGCGACGACGGCGACGGGAACAGGGGCGGGUGGAGCGACGUCACCUCUUGCUGCAACCACAGCCACGGAUUUGUUGGCCGGCCUAGGCGAUCUAUCCAUUCACCAAAGCAUGCCCAUGGCAGCUCCCGAAACAGAAUCGGGGCCAGCGGAACCAGAUAUGGCAGUUGCCUUGCCGUUGCCAGAGCCAGUGCGUCAAGCACUGAACACGGCCAUUUCACAACUACGCGCUAUUUCCUUCAUCAAUUGUACCGCGGAUGCCAAUUCAAUCGGAAAUAUAUUGCGAAAACUGCAAUUGUCUAAUGCACUGCCAGGCUUUACAACGCCAGAGCAGAUCGUGGGAUUGGAUCGAGCACUUGUAGAUUGGAACGUAUUGGCCAGCAAUGAAUAUGCCGCAUUACUUGAGGAGAUCUGCAGAUUGAUCAACGCCCAAUGGCCGGAUACGAAGGAUGAUGCAAUUGCUGUGAAUCUCUUUAAGCUCGAUUAUAGUUUUGGUUACACUUUGACUGCCUUUGAAGCCCUACAGCGGGAGCUAGCAAGGGUGCCCAGUACAACUUCCUCAAUCCUUACUUCACUGCUCGAAGAUGAACAACUGUUGGCUGUUAGUUUGCUCCACAUUGCCAUAGAACGAAGCACUUUAAAACAAAAUGCUGCAUGUCCCAAUUAUGAGCUGGAUAAGCACGAUGCCCAGGUGGAACUAUAUUUUCAAUUGCUGAUCGCUUUGCCCAGUUUUGUGGGGAAUCGUAUGGGUCGCCAGAUGCCUCAAAUUUUUGCGCCUGCCCAUUACGGGCAGCUGUUAAUGCGGCAAUGGCUCAAAUCCUUGCACUUCAUGCUACAGUGCGACAAUCCCACAACAUACUUCGAUCUGCAGGCACACAGUUUGCUCUUGUCCCGAUUUGUGACACAUUUCUAUGCAGAUGGAGAAAAUACGUGUACCUUGGAGUGCUUGCUGAAGCUGCUAGAGGGCUACGCAUGGUCUCCAAGAGCACGCGAUGCAGUGCAGCGCAUUAUGAGGGAAGUAGACCCGGCUGUUUGUUUCCGUUUAGCACAAUGUGCACUAAAUCAACAGCUAAAUCUCUAUGUGCUGAUCGGACCCACAGCUAUAGAAGAUGCACAUUGGAAUCAUUGUUUCCUACAGAAAUUGCCACUCCAACGUAUUCCUAUCUUCAAUGGAGCACUUCUAGCACUUAUGCGGUACUUUCAAAUAGCAGCGAAGCCGGUGCAGUUGAAUAAACUUUUCACUCAACUUCUGGGAAUUUGGUCUAAACGCUCGACGUUGCAAAAAUUGAGCAGUGAAGAGCAUUUAGCCAUCAGCAAGGUGCUCCUCUUGUGUGGAUGCUGUUUGUAUGGAGGGCAGGAAAAAGCUCUGGAGCCCCCACAGAAGAUUCAGCUGCACGACGGCCUCAUGCAUCAUUUGGAGUCGCCGGAUGCAGUGCAGCGGCACGUGGGCAUAAAGACAGUCGAGCUAUUGUACAAUUGCAUGGGGCACGCGGACGCCAAAGACGAGGAUAGUCUGCGAUUUGACUACUCGGCUAUGGAGCAAACACCACACUGGCACAUCUUUAACGAGCUCGAUGAGUUGGCAAAAUUUAAGAUAGGAAAAAAGGCAAUGCUGGAGCAGCCACCAACUGAGGAUCAAGUAAAGCAGUGGCAGCUGAACAUGGAACAUUUAAUGGGCGAGAGGGAACAGGUUUCAACAGCAAGUAAACCCGCUGCAAAGCCAGCGGAGAGGCCAGUGGAUAAAAUUAACAUGCAGCUGGACUCAGACGACGAUGAGCCAAUGUCUGAUCAAAGAGCGGAUGUUGAUGAUGAGGAUGAUCUGCCAGCCUAUGAUAUGUCCAAUGAUAUCAGCACUACGCUGGAGCACCGGCCCAAAUUCCUACUAGAUCUUUUGGAACUGCUGCGUACCAAAGUGGAAAACUAUCAGAUAUUCGAAGGCGCUUUAAGUGCGGCGGAGCAACUAAUACGCACUCAACUGUCGCAGCAUGACGUCAAAGUGGCGUUGGAGCUGCUGCCCGUUUUCCUAAGCCUGGACAUGCAAUUCUAUUUCGAGAAUUUCGAGCGCACUAAAUUCCAGUGCUGUGUGGCCAUUUGUGUGGCCCAACCGGCCGCUUGUGCCGAACAAAUCUGUCGCGAAUUCCACACAGACAACACAAAACAUAAUGCCCAUGAACGGAUACUCAUGCUCCAGGUACUGGCAGCGACUGCCAAAGAGUUGGCAGACAUAAAAACCGCAGAACCUGAAAAUGUGGCAACGGAAGCUAUGGACAUUAUGCCGCCGGCUGCGAAACUACCGCGUAAAUUUCAGUUUUCCGAUGCCGACGAUGCGCCCUCGGUGCGUUUGGCCGCUGCCCAGUGCAUUAUAAGAGAACGACUGCGUGCCAAAACCAAACGCUAUGCCAGCAAAGCCAAAACAGAGUCGACGGGAAAGCCGAAUCGCUUCCACUCUGUGGCAGGGACUUUCUUUUUCGGGCUCGUGCGCGGUCAACGUACGCGCCAAAUGGCUUAUAUUAAGUACGAGAACAUCUGCCACGACAUUGACACGCUCCUCUUGGUGAAUCUUCUACACGAUUUGGCCGUCUUCAUCAUGUGCGCGCAGAACUGUCCGAUCUUGCCUCUCAUGGCGAAUGAGGUCUUCGAUCUUUGCAUAUUUGUAAGAUACAACAAGGAGGCCCGGGUGAGGGCAGCUACAUUGCAACUACUGGGCAUUACACUGGUUACCUUGCCAGCCUCUGUGCUGGUGGCACACUUUCCCGAGCAGCUAAACGAACUGCAACAUUGGAUGGAAGAUUGCAUCAAGUCGCCGCUAGUGGGUGGGGAAACAUCCGAUGAAUGCCGCGAACUGGCCGAACAAAUUGUAGGCACAUGCUACCAACUGUUCCAUACGGCUGUGCAGCAGCAGACUGCAGCUGAGUCUUAAGGAGCUUUAUGUCUAAGAUCAGAAUCAGAACAAUUCUAUAGCGUUUAGUUUAGUUUUGCGCAAUUGUGCGCAUUGGCUUGUCAAUAUCAAUAUUAAAUAUCGGGACAAAAAACAUGAUUUGAACAAUUCAAAUACAUACAUACAUACUGUACAAGUAUAUUAUAGAACUAAAAAUUGUAUCAAUUUUUGCACAUAUUUGUGAAAUAUAUACAUAUGUACAUAUA